CCAACCAACUGUUCAGUAUGGAGGAGAACUGAUAUUGGGAGGCAUUGACCGCCAGAUGUACACUGGGGAAAUUACCUGGGCCCCUGUGACUGAUCAGGCUCAGUGGCAGAUCGGUAUAGAAGAAUUUGCUAUUGGCAACCAGGCUACGGGCUGGUGCAGUGAAGGCUGCCAGGGCAUUGUAGACACAGGAACAUUUUUGCUAACUAUCCCACAACAAUAUUUAGCAAAUUUCCUUCAAGCUGUGAAUGCUGCUAACUAUGGUUCAUAUACGGUGGACUGCAACAAUAUCCAGAAUAUGCCUACCAUUAUCUUUUUCAUUAAUGGUUCCCAGUUCCCACUUCCUCCUUCUGCUUAUGUUGCCAAUGACAAUGGCAACUGUUACCUUGCAAUUGAGCCAACAUAUGUGUCUUCCUCAACUGGGCAGCCUCUAUGGAUCCUGGGUGAUGUUUUCCUUAAAGAAUAUUAUUCUAUUUUUGACAUGAGAAACAACAGGGUUGGUUUGGCACCAUCAGCCUAA